CACUCCAGUCUAGUGAAGAAGUGGCCCUUCUUGUGAUCAAGGUCAGCUUCUUUACGCAUACCCUUGGUUCUUUCCUCUUUCACUUUCUCCAGCAGUUUACCUGCCCCCAAUAUCAAACAGAAUAUGGGAAUCACAGAAUUUUAAGUAUUGGAAGUGACUCUAGUGGUCAUUUAUCAUAACUUGUGCCCAAAAGGAAUCCUCACUAUAACAUAUCUUACAAAAUAUUUUCCAGCUUCUUUUCAGUCUUCAGUCUAAUCCUUAGUCUCUUUCUAAUCUUCAUUCUCUUUCCUAUCUACAAUGGCUUCUUUCUUGAUGCCUACAAACAUGCCUAUGUCUCCUCCAUUCUUAAAAGACUCUUGAUCCUACCAACCCUGCUUGUUAGCCUAUAUCUCUUUUCUCCUUCUCAGCUAAAUUCUGAAAAAUAUAGCUCUAUGUGGUGCCUCUACUUCCUCUCAUCUCUUUUGUAAAUCCUCUGGAGUAUAGCUUCUAACCUAGUCAUUCCAUUGGAAUCGCUCUCUUCAAAGUUACCAGUGAUCUUUUAGUUGCUGGAACUAAGGGUUUUUCCCUAAUCCUCAUCCUUUUUGUACAAUUUGAUACACUUGUUCACCUUCUCCUCCUGCCUGUCCGAUGGUCUCUUUUGAGGCUCCUCUACUGGUUUUUCAUCCAUGGCACAUGUACAAAUCAUGAGUCUUCCACGAGUCUCUAAUAUGGGCCCCCUUCUCUUUUCCCUCUGUGCUGGAUAACAUGGUGAUCUCCUCAGGUCCCAUGAGUUUAAUGUUCAUUUUUAUGUAGAUGACUGCCAGAUCUCUGUAUUUCACUCUAGUCUCCUAAGAUCCAGUCCCAUAUCAUCAACUGCCUUUUAGAUAUCUCAAACUGGAUGCCCCAUGGGCGUCUCAAACUCCACACAUUCAAAUUAAACCUUCCCCUCUUGAACUUCGCUGUUAAUGUCAGGGUGCCAUUAUCCUUCCAGUCACCCAGAUUUAUAACCUGUCAUCCUCAAUACUCACCCCACAUAUAAAAUCCAUCACCAGAUCUUUUUGUUAAUACCUUCACAACAUCUCUCGUCUGUUUCCUUUUCUCCACUCACAAAGCUUGUUCUUAAAAUGUAAGUCUGACCAUGUCAUACAUGCCAUCUUCCCCCCUCAGUAAACUACAGUGGUUCCCCAUUACCUGUAAAAUCAGAUAGAAAGUUAUAUUGGCAUUUAAAGGUUUUCACAAUAUGGUCCCUUCCUACCUUCCAGUCUUGUUACAUUUGACUCCCCUCUAUGUACUCUGCAGUGCAGCUCUACUGGACUACUUGCUGCUCUUUGUCCUCUUGUCUUUCUACCUAGACACUGGAUAUACCCCUGCUUGUAAUGUUUUUUCUCCUCUCCUCACCUCUGCCUCUUAGGAUCCCUGGCUUUCUUCAAGACAGCUCAAAUGCUACCUUCUGCAGUAGGCCUUUCUCAGUCUCCUCAGCUGCCAGAGCCUCUUCUCUGAGAUAUCCUCCAUUUAUUCUCUUUGCCAUCUCAAGAUUCAGCCCUCUCCCAAAAGAAGAACUCAGGGGAGGAUCAAAUGACUGCUGUGGUCCUGACCACCAAGCCCCAGAAAUCAUUGACAUUGAAGGACAUGGCUGUGGAAUUUACUCAAGAGGAAUGGGAACAACUGGACCCUGCUCAAAGAAACCUGUACAGGGACGUAAUGUUGGAGAGGUAUAGAAACCUGGUCUUGUUGGGACUUCCAAUUUCUAAGCCUGAUGCAAUCUCCCAAUUGGAACGAGGAAAAGAGCCAUGGAUGCUGGAAAGAGAAGACUCAAAAGGUGCCCAUCUAGAUUGGGAUAUUAGACCUGAAACUGAGGAGUUAAUUUCAAGACAGGACAUUUCUGAAGAAGAAUCAUCCCAUGGGGUGUUAAUGGAAAGACUCACAACAGAUUCUGUGCUGGAAAAAACCUGGCAAUGUGAAGGACAGUUAGAGGGGCAACAGGGAAACUAUGAGAAACAUUUAAGCCAAGACACAGCUAUCCACAAGAAAACUACAGGGGAUAGAAGUCAUCAGUGUAAUGAGUUUGGGAGAAACUUUGGCCUGAGGUCAUUCAUUGUUACACCACAGAAAAUUCCUUCAGGUGAGAGACUUCUUAAAUGUGAUACACUUGGAGAGAACUUGAAACAGAAUUCAGACCUGAUUAAAGAUCCGAGAAUUUGUACAGGGAAGAAACCUUGGAAAUGUAACGAGUGUGGAAAAGCCUUUAGCUACUGCUCAGCCUUUAUCCUCCAUCAGAGAAUUCAUACUGGAGAAAAACCUUAUGAAUGUAAUGAAUGUGGAAAAGGUUUCAGUCAGAGCAUACACCUUACCCUUCAUCAGCGAAUUCAUACUGGAGAGAAACCCUAUGAAUGCAAUGAAUGUGGGAAAGCCUUCAGUCACCGAUCAGCCCUUAUUCGGCAUCACAUAAUUCAUACUGGAGAGAAACCCUAUGAGUGUAAUGAAUGUGGGAAAGCCUUUAAUCAAAGCUCAUACCUUACUCAACAUCAGAGGAUUCAUACUGGAGAGAAACCCUAUGAGUGUAAUGAAUGUGGGAAAGCCUUUAGUCAAAGCACGUUUCUUACUCAACAUCAGGUAAUUCAUACUGGAGAGAAACCCUAUAAAUGUAAUGAAUGCGGGAAAGCCUUCAGUGACCGCUCAGGGCUCAUUCAACAUCAGAGGACUCAUACUGGGGAGAAACCCUAUGAAUGUACUGAGUGUGGGAAAGCCUUUGGUUAUUGCUCUGCUCUUACUCAGCAUCAGAGGACUCAUACUGGAGAAAAACCUUACAAAUGUAAUGACUGUGAGAAAGCCUUUAGUGACCGCUCAGCCCUUAUACGACAUCAGAGAACUCAUACUGGAGAGAAACCCUAUAAAUGCAAGGAAUGUGGGAAAGCCUUUAGCCAGAGUUCAUCCCUUACGAAACAUCAGAAAACUCAUACUGGAGAGAAACCUUAUAAGUGUAAUGAAUGCGACAAAGCCUUCAGUCAGAGCUCUUCUCUCUCUCAACAUCGAAAAACUCAUGCUGGCAGUAAAGCCAGCAAAUAUGGAAAAGUCUUCACUGAUCACUCAACAUUUACUCAACAAAAGAGAAUUCAUACUGGAUAGAAAUGCCAUGAGUUCAGUGAAUUCAGCAAAUGUUUGAGGGUUUACUAUGUGUCUAGCACUGUGUUAAGUGCUGUGGAUGCUACAAAGACUGUAAGACAAUGUUACAAAAAGACCAUGCACACCAAAAAGUUGUUAUGAUUGAUAUGCAGUCCUAUAUGGGAUCCUGAUGGUAGGUGUGUGGAAUAUAAAUGUGGAGUCUUGUGUAUUUUAAAAUGUUUUAGUGGAUGGCAGUGAGGGAUUUCCUUGGCAAAGUAAUGAUUGUCUUUAUAUCAGUAAUGUGAUAUGAGUUAUUGAAUCCCCGAGAAAGGGAGUGGGGUGACCUUCAAAAGAGUAAGGCUCUCCGAACAGGCUUGACAAUGCCAGGAUAUGGAAUACUUUUAGAAAAUCUGGAAGUGAAAGAAUGCAAGAUGUGUUGAUCUAGAGUAGAAAAUGUGGAGAAACUGCUGUCUAGAAGAGCCUUAGCAUUAAAAGCAAAGGCAUGAGAAAAAAAAACAAAAAAAAACAAAACCAGGGUUGGGUAAAACUCAGGAAGUAUUUAUUGACACAAGCAGUCUCAACUGAAUGACCAUAACCAAAAGAAAGGCUUCCAGAGUUUCCUCUGUGCAGAGGAUCCAGGGCAUUGGUUGUGUUGGUGAAGCCUUUGGUUCCCAUGAUAGUGGGAAGUCAAAGUGUGAUGGACCUGUAGCCAUGAUGUUUUCUGAUGUUUGCUAUGGCCAGCAACAGGGAAAUUUAAGAAUGCAGCCUAGGCCUACAGUUAAGAGGCAGGGUAGAUUAAUAAAAGAACUGUAACCCUGAGAUUGGAGACCAACAACAAGGACAUGCAGAGUAGACAGGAAGGGAAUGAAGGAUAAGGACUUUGUGAUCAUUUAAAUGCUUCCUAGAUGAGUAGCUUGAGAAUGUUUUUGUGUUUUACCUCAGCUGUACAGGGUUGUAUUGCAGAAUUUGCUGUAGUUUUGUUUUGUGUUUGAACUACUUAUAUGCUGGGCUAUGGUGGACAAGGUAGGAAAAAAGUACUCUCAGAGAAGAGAAAGUAGGGAAAGAUAGUUAACAGUAGGAUAGACUUUAUCUUCUUCCUUUUAACCCCUUGCUUGGUGAUAGAAGAAAAAAAUAAGGCCCUGGUGACAGGGAAUCUGGCUGAGGGAGUCAUCUCUUUAUAUUGUCAGGGCUUCCCAUUUUGUUAUACACAGUCCCUCAAAGAGUUUACAUUUUGGUUGGGGUAGUAAACGUUUAUCCAGAACAAUCUGUAUUCAGCAUCAGAGAAUUCCUCUUGAAGAGAAAACCAUGAAUGUCUUAGAACUGUAACCAUAUCUUCAGGCCUUUGGCUGAGCUUGAACUCUCCAGGCAGAGCAGAAGGAGCACCUGGAAAGCCCAGUCCAUAGUAAUAUUUGCUACUAUUAGAGUUAUCUGUAGGUCCAGUUCAGAAAUCAUGACUCUCAUUCCUACUAUUCGAGGUAGUGUCAUAAUAACAAAGAUCUAAAGAUCUAUUAAAUCUUAAUGAAUAUGCAAAGUAGAUACCAUAUAUGCUUCCAAGUCUUAUGCAUUGAUCUGGUGUAUGGAUCAGAAAUUUUAUAUUAAAGGAAUAAAAGGACAUAUAAAAGGACAAUAAAAGGAAUAAAAGGACAUAAGAUGAUGAUAUUAGUUCACAUAAAGUUCUCUGAGUUGUUUAAAAAGCACUUUAUAGAUAUUUGGUCCUCAUAACAAUCUUAUGAGGUAGAUGCUAUUAUUAUCCCCUUUUUAUAAAAGAGUAGGCUGAGACUGAGAUACUAAGUAACUUGCUCAUAUAAUAAAUGUGCGAAUUAGGAUUUGAAUUUAGUCUUUCUGGCUCCAAGUCUGGUAUUCUGUCCACUGUACCAAAUGGCCUCUAAGAUAUCGUCCAAUUAUACAGUCAGAAGUUUGGAAUAAUAUUUUGAGAGUGGGAUAUGGUUAAAGAAAAGUUUGGAGUGAAGUAAACAAUGGUAAUAAUAUGGUAAUGGAGGGUAAUCGACUCGUUUGGUUCAAACCUAAUCCUAGGAAAACAAAAUAACAUUGUAGAAAAAAACAUCAAAAUUGUUUUUUUUAAUUUGCUAUUUAAAACGCUGUGAAAAAUUGGGUGAUAGUUGGAAGGGUUUUUAAAGAUCAUCGAAUCCCACUCUUUAUAUCAUUAAAACAAUAGCUGAAACAUAUAGCUGUUUAUGGUUCACAAAGUGCUUUACCAGUUCUCUCACCGGCUCUUUAAAAUAUUCCACUGUUCAGGAAACAGGAGUAGAGAGGGAGGUUAAGCUAACUAAAGUUCACAAGCUUUAAACUAGAUUUAAAUAAUCCAGCAAGAAGAUUAAUUGGAUUAAAAGCUAAUGGUUUUCCAAAUUCAGGGCUUAGAGAAUAAACCCUCAGUAUUUGGUUAUUGACUGAUAUUAUCUAGGUUGCAGGA